GGAAAUGACAACUGCAACACUACUCUUGCUUUUGCUCUGCUACAUUGUGAACGUUUCAUGUGUAGUAGCUCUGCCACCGAAAGUCUUCAAUGUGAUGGCUUACGGAGCCGUCAACGACGGCACCAAAGACAACGUAAAGGCAUUUUCGGCGGCGUGGAAGGAUGCGUGCGAGUACGAAGGGAGGGGUAGGGUCGUGAUUCCGCGAGGGGUGUAUGCAUUGGGUUCGGUGAUAUUCACGGGCUAUUGCAGAGGUACGAUGAGUUUCAUCAUCCAUGGAAGUCUUAGAGCCCCAACCGAUCGUCAGUCAUUUUCCCUUGACACGUGGAUCGGGUUCCGGUAUGUCGAAUACCUGACCAUAAAAGGCGGCGGCUACUUGGACGGACAAGGCCAUGUUGCGUGGCACUAUAAUGACUGCAGUACCAAUUUUAAGUGCAGCAAGCUUCCUGCGUCACUGAGGCUUGAUUUCGUGAGAAACUCAUGGAUCCAUCACAUCCGAUCCAUCAACAGCAAGAACACACACUUGAACAUCUUCGCGUGCCACAACAUCACCAUCAGCAACGUCCGCAUCAACGCCCCGGCCGACAGCCCCAACACCGACGGCAUCCACAUCGGCUCCUCGGCCAACAUCCGCAUCCUCAACUCCACCAUCCGCACCGGCGACGACUGCGUCAGCAUGGUCUCUGGCAGCCGCGGCAUCGAGGUCGCCAACGUCCGCUGCGGCCCCGGCCACGGCAUCAGCAUCGGCAGCCUCGGCCGCAGCCACGCCGAGGAGCCCGUCACCGACAUCACCGUCCGCAACACCACCUUCGUCGCCACCGACAACGGCGUCCGCAUCAAGACCUGGGCCCCCUCCGAUGCCACCUCCGCCUCCAACAUCACCUUCCAAGACAUCAACAUGAUCGCCGUCGCCAACCCCAUCUUGAUCGACCAAGUCUACUGCCCCUCCGGCAACUGCUUAGAGGCUCAGUCGAACGUGGAGAUACGGGACGUGGUGUUUAAGAAUAUAAGGGGCACGUCGAGCUCAGAAGUUGCGGUGAAGUUGCAGUGCAGCAGAGCUCGGCCCUGCAGGAACGUGAAGCUCGUCGACAUUAACUUGGCGUACAGAGGCCUGAGAGGGAAGAGCAGAGCUGUGUGUGUGAAUGCGUUGGGCUCUUCUUCUGGAACUCAAAUUCCAAGUGGAUGCCUAUAGCUGUUACCUCUCUUUUUUUAGUCAGUUGAGAGAGAUUUAGUUUCUUCUUCUAAGUUUUUGUAUCAUGUAUAUUUGCCUUCUAUGUAGCAAAGAACCUCCUCUUGAUCCUACCAUUGAUAAUCUCAAUGUUGUAUUUCUGAGGAUGUGUAGAAUUAGAAUUCAGUUCCAAAUCUAAAUACUUUUGUGUAAUUUUCAA